AGUUGAGACGUGCUAAAAUAACCCUCUUCCAAGAGGUGAGUGUGGGAGACAGAAUAACGGCUCUCAAAGGUGUCACAUCCGAAUCUCCACCUGUGAACACUCCUCACGUGGCAAAAGGGACUUUGCAGAUGAGAAUAGAAAUUGUAAGAAAGGGAGAUUAUCCUGGGUUAUCUGGGUGGGCCCAAUGUCAUCCCAAGGGACUUCCUUUAAGAAGGAGGCAGGAGAGUCAGAGUCAGAGAAGAAAAUCGUGAUGAUGGUGACAGAGAGAGAAGUGAAACAGAGAGAGAAGUGAAACAGCAGAAACAGAGGCCAGAGGGAGAGAGAGUUAAAGAUGCUAGGCUGCUGGCUUUGGCAAUGGAGGAUGAGGCCAUGAGCCAAGGAUACAGGCAGCUUGUAGAAGCAAGAAAAGACAGAUUCUCUUCUGGAGCUUCCCGAAGGAACUCAACCCUGCAGACCCAGUUUGAAUUUCUGACCACCAGAACUGCGCAGAACCGUUGUGACCAGAGCGGUUGCGGGCUGAGCGGUUUCGAGCCGGCGUCGGGGAGCGGCGGUACCGGGCGGCUGCGGGGCUGGCUCGACCCAGCUUGAGGUCUCGGCGUCCGCGUCCUGCGGUGCCCUGGGGUCUCCCGAGGACCUUGUACCCGCGCGGCUUCCUUGGGCUGGUUUUGGACGACGCUUUCGCCUUCCUGCUGCCUAGGAUCCGCCGACAUGAAUCCCAUCGUAGUGGUCCACGGCGGCGGAGCCGGUCCCAUCUCCAAGGAUCGGAAGGAGCGAGUGCACCAGGGCAUGGUCAGAGCCGCCACCGUGGGCUACGGCAUCCUCCGGGAGGGCGGGAGCGCCGUGGAUGCCGUAGAGGGAGCUGUCGUCGCCCUGGAAGACGAUCCCGAGUUCAACGCAGGUUAUGGGUCUGUCUUGAACACAAAUGGUGAGGUUGAAAUGGAUGCUAGUAUCAUGGAUGGAAAAGACCUGUCUGCAGGAGCAGUGUCCGCAGUCCGGUGUAUAGCAAAUCCCAUUAAACUUGCUCGGCUUGUCAUGGAAAAGACACCUCAUUGCUUUCUGACUGACCAAGGCGCAGCGCAGUUUGCAGCAGCUAUGGGGGUUCCAGAGAUUCCUGGAGAAAAACUGGUGACAGAGAGAAACAAAAAGCGCCUGGAAAAAGAGAAGCACGAAAAAGGUGCUCAGAAAACAGAUUGUCAAAAAAACUUGGGAACCGUGGGUGCUGUUGCCUUGGACUGCAAAGGGAAUGUAGCCUACGCAACCUCCACAGGCGGUAUCGUUAAUAAAAUGGUCGGUCGCGUUGGGGACUCACCGUGUCUAGGAGCUGGAGGUUAUGCCGACAAUGACAUCGGAGCCGUCUCAACCACAGGGCAUGGGGAAAGCAUCCUGAAGGUGAACCUGGCUAGACUCACCCUGUUCCACAUAGAACAAGGAAAGACGGUAGAAGAGGCUGCGGACCUAUCGUUGGGUUAUAUGAAGUCAAGGGUUAAAGGUUUAGGUGGCCUCAUCAUGGUUAGCAAAGCAGGAGACUGGGUGGCAAAGUGGACCUCCACCUCCAUGCCCUGGGCAGCCGCCAAGGACGGCAAGCUGCACUUUGGAAUUGAUCCUGACGAUACUACUAUCACCGACCUUCCCUAAGCCACUGGAAGAUUGUAUUCCAGAUGCUAGCUUAGAGGUCAAGUACAGUCUCCUCAUGAGACAUAGCCUAAUCAAUUAGAUCUAGAAUUGGAAAAAUUGUCCCGUCUGUCACUUGUUUUGUUGCCUUAAUAAGCAUCUGAAUGUUUGGUUGUGGGGCGGGUUCUGAAGCGAUGAGAGAAAUGCCCGUAUUAGGAGGAUUACUUGAGCCCUGGAGGUCAAAGCUGAGGUGAGCCAUGAUUACUCCACUGCACUCCAGCCUGGGCAACAGAGCCAGGCCCUGUAUCAAAAAAAAAAAAGGGGGGGGGGGGGAAGAAAGAAAGCAGCAGCAUGAUCCUGACAUGACAGAUGUGGGAGACCCACAGCCUGCAGACACUGUGGGCUGGAAGGUGGGAAGGGAGGGGCCGGUGGAGGUGGAGGUGUUUGAAAGUGACACAGCAGCAGUAGAAGCAGUGGUGGGCGAAGUCCAGGUGACCUUCAGAACGUUGCACAAGAACAUCAGGGAAAAGAACCAGAAUCCUUUAAGGAAAAUGUUCUUCAUGUAUGAGAGACUAAAGUGAUUUUUCUAAGAAAGUUCAGCUCUUCUCUGACUUACCUGGACAUUUCUAGAUACUUCCAAAGGACCCUCUGGGAAUCCAUAGCUUCCUAAUCUGGAGAUGGGAGGUCAUAAGGGAGACGCUGUGGGGUUCCUUGAAGUUUCUUGGGUUCACAGAGGAGCCCCCUCACUUGGUGUUCUCCCGUAAGCCAGCCUCCACCUGCCAAAGACACUCUGGUCCUCGUAUAGUGAGUAAUGGGGCUCAGGGCCUCUCCAACAACAGAGAGGAGCUGAUGCUGUAGGGCUGACCCCGUGACUUCCUGAGUCCUCACCCUGUCCAGUGCUUUGAGAUUCUUCCCACCUCCCCAUCCUCACCAGCCGGAUCGGGCGCUGUGCAGUGUGGUCAGCAUGGUGAAGAAAGUCAUUUCCUCGGUGGACAGUAUUCCUCUUUAUCUCUCAUUACACUGGAAAUGUUAUUUCUGCUGUAUCAUCCGUGCUCAACGUUUUAGUCUGUCAGGCUCACCUUCUCUCUGGAAAGAAUUUGCUUAACUUGACAUUCCAUGUGCCGCUAAUAAAAUAUAUUUUGAAAGAAUAA